UGGACGUAAUAUUUGAAUCUUCCCCUACGUCUCGGAUCCUGAUAUAAAUAGAACGGGGGGUUAUGCCAUAUCGGUUUUCGAAUUUCCUUUCCUUUGACAUUGACAGGACUAACACUAAGGAUCUGUCAUAGUUUUUCGAACCUGGGAAAAUUUCCCACUUUCGGGAAGGGCCCAACGAGCGCCUGCGUACAUUAGCCGCAACUCUCACAUAUUGUACCCCCUAACCAACAUUAUUGGCGCUCCACCUAGCAUGGAAGGAUUUUUCCUGGCACUUUCUCUCGCUUGUCGGGUGGUGGGUGGUGCGGUGGGUGGACGGACAGUCGAAGUUAUCCUUUGGCUACUACGCGCGCUCUCGAAAAUUAUCGCAUGUCGCAUGUUAUGCUCAGUUUUCCACUCUCAAACACCACAUGCGAUGGCUAUUAAGUGGGGCGGGAAGGGGGGCUGGGGUGAUCUAGUGUAUUGUAGUAUUUCCAAUAUUCUCGUAAUACGACACGGUCGUCGCCGUCGCCAUUCGGUAGCGGAUUCGUCUCGGGAGAGGUACGUUGUGUGAGCGCGCGCGGAAAAAAAGGCGAAUCUUUUCUUCUCUGAGGCUGUGGCAUAGAGGCUAGUAUCGGCCUAGAGUACUACUGAGUGCGGAUCGAGGACUCGUCGUCGAGGCGCGAUAUUGGGACGUUGUACACGGCAAGCGUUAAAUAAUAGGAUUUUGCAGUCGAUUUUUUCUUGCGCUUUUCUUCGAUGGAGGAAAACUUGCUAUAGGCGAAGUGUGCUGCACAACUAGGAAAUGAUAGCUUAAUUAAUUGUUGCAGUGCAGUGACAUUUUCCUCCCCGAUACUCGAAUGGUUUGCGUGUGAAAAGAUAGAUUUAGUGUUUGAGCAGUCGGCCCUUCGAGACGGAACGUGAAAAUUUUUGGCCACCCGUGUCGUGUGGGAAAUUUUUGGGAGGCGUUUUACGAGAAAAAGGAAAACUUGCUCGGAUGAAACGGUGAAAAUUAUCGAUGGAAUUCGCGAAGUGAGAACGGUCUGGCCUAGCAGGAAAAAUGCAAUUUUGGCCUUGAAGCCGUGACCUGAUCCUGAGAGUGCGUGUGAGGAUUGAAAAUUUAUUACCUGGUGGCACGCUUGCCAAGAUUUUUUUUUGUGCUUUUUGUCUGGUGUCUAGUGAAUAAAUUGUUGAAAGAAGAAAACCUUUAUCGUUUCGGAAGUUUUGUUGGUUUAUUAAAUGUUAUAGUUGUAAUUUCCUGGUUGGAAUAGCUGUGUGCUGAAGAUCGUAAGGAUUAUGGAUUUAAGUCUCCGUAAUUGAUUUAGUGAUUUUCAUGAUCCUACUCUUAUGGCAUUGAAAUUUUGCCCCUGGAUAGACAUUCGAGAAGUGAAAUUGAAUUGAAUUCGCCAAACAUAAAAAGGAUAUAAAGGAGAACAAGUGAAUGAUGCCCAACGAUGAAGGAGUGGAAAGCAAAAUGACCAAAGCAUAGUGCAAUUAGAAGGAAAUCGACCUAGCAAGAAAGGAUAAAACAAGUACUACUUGGUAAUUAAAUUUCCUUCUUUGGGGAUAGUAAAAAUUUCACCCUCUGCUGUCUUGGUGUGAACGGUGAGAGCAGAGUUGUAUGUGCAAUUUUUGGUGUAAAAUUUUCGACAAACGACACGCGCGCGUCUCCCACCAAGUCUGGCGGUGUAUGUGUUCCGUUGCGCUUCCGACAGUCAGCCAGCAGCGUGUUACAGUGGUAGUGGUGCUCGAGAAGCUUUUCCUACUAGGACUCCCACUCCCACCCCCAUCGAACCUCGUUCACUCCAACCAAACCCAAAGCUAGAGAUAGAUGUUCCUCCAUACACGAAGAAAGAGUGAAAAAAGCUUCGAACCAUCGUAAAAUGAUUUCGCCCUGGCAUGCUUGCCUCGUUUGAGUCCUGUACUAUACUAUUUUGUGAGUGGGCAUUAGCCAAAAGAAGAAGAAGAAGAACCGUCACGAGUAAGAAAAACGACAAGAAGAAAAGUUAAUCGAACAACCAGAAGAGACUGUGUGAAAUAUACAAGAAACAUAAAACAAGUAGAUAAAUAAAUCAUAAAAAAGCUCGUUCCUAAGAGGACAAAACCUCAGAAAACAGCUCGUGGCAUAUCGAAUAUCCAUCAGUAUCGUACGAGUGCAACGAGCAGGAACGACGAUGACGAUGGAUCCCCCGAUGAAGCAGAGUCCUGCGACGGGGGACCGUCUUCGGAUUCGUUUGUUGACUCGGAUAAUGGCGUUUGUCUUGCUGGUGACGCUGGCGACAACGGUAGCGACUGUGGCAGCCGAUCCGGAUGAGGACAUCCCGCACAAUGAUGUCCGAAAUUGGGCCAUCCGCUUCGGAGUGGAUCUCUGGGAGUUCGGCCGACAGUUUACCAAAGUGAACGAAAUCAGAAAUAAAUACAAGGACUACGAUCUGGACGUCAAUCGUAAGGAUGGAAUCCUACUGCUACGUGAGCUGGCCACCGAGGUGAAGAAUUUUAUGGAUUUUAAAAUGAACGCUGUCAUGCGAAUAAUGGACUCGGCCGAGCAGGCAGCACUUUCCGAGUCCGAUCCGGAGAGCGGCGGUGCGUCCAAAUCGCACGGCAACGGCUUCUACGACGCACGGCGGAUAAACGAGUAUCAAUCGGACGGACGGUUGGCCGAGGGCUCUCGACAGAUGCUGUUGCGGCACAUGCGACGCUUUGAGGGCUAUCCGGUCAAUAUCAGCCUUAGCGCGGUGCUGAUGGCGAACGGGGUGAAUCUAGAAGACCCCGAAACGCAAGCCGCCAUCAAGUGGUCCUCCCAUUUGGACCCCUUGUUUGCCAACAACAUCGAGCGGGAUUCGGCUUUGUCGUGGCAAUAUUUCGGAUCCAGUUCUGGGUUUCUGAGGCGGUUCCCGGGGACAGCUUGGCCACCGGAAACCUCCUACGGCAGUAAGGAAAUCAGUGACUUUCGGACGGAGGACUGGUUCAUACAGGCGGCUUCCUCGCCGAAGGAUGUGAUGAUUUUACUCGACUCAUCCGGAUCGAUGAGCGGAAAAGAAUAUCAGCUGGCAGUUGCCACUGCUUCCGCCAUUAUGGAUACCCUAGGAGACGAUGAUUUCUUCAAUCUCGUUUCGUUUACCGAUCAACCGAAAGUGAUAGUGCCGUGCUUCCAAGAUAAAAUGGUUCGCGCAACUCCCGACAACAUCAAAGAGGUAAAAACUGCAAUCCAAUCGGUAGAAUGUGAAAAUACGGCCAACUUUUCUGCUGCGUUGGAGUCGGCCUUUGAGUUGCUUCGAAGGUACAAUCAAAGCUCCCAGGGUAGCCAGUGCAACCAAGCCAUCAUGUUGAUUACCGAUGGACCAAGUGACACCUUUGCCGACGUGAUCAAACAUUACAACCAUCCACAUAUGCCGGUGAGGAUCUUCACCUAUUUGAUCGGAACGGACAAAAGCAGCGGGAAGAAUUUGUACCAAAUGGCUUGCGAUAAUAAAGGGUUCUAUGUUCAGAUCAACAGCGUUGAAGAAGCCAAGCGGAAAGUGGUGGAAUAUGCACUGGUAAUGGCUCGGCCGAUGGUUCUAUACCAAGCGGACCAUCCCGUUCACUGGAGUCCGGUGUUUACCGGAGGUCGAAGUGGUAUUCUGGGACGCGAGAACGAGAACAAACGAAAACUGGUGACGACCGUGUCGACUCCUGUCUUUGACCGAAGGAAUCACUCAUCUAGGGCUGCUAAUUUGUUGGGGGUUGUGGGUACCGAUGUUCCUAUAGAGGAGAUUCAGAAAAUGAUUCCACAGCAUAAGCUGGGUGUAAAUGGGUAUUCCUUUAUCGUCGAUAAUAAUGGACGAGUUCUGUAUCAUCCAGAUUUACGACCAAUGAGCGAUAACGGACAGUACAGUGCAUCUCUGAAGCAUAAGUAUAAUUCGGUUGAUUUGACCGAAGUGGAACUGCCGGAGGCGGAAAACCCUAGCAAUGGAAUCAGUGAACGACACGAGCAUAGGUUUACCAAUGUUCUUCAAGAGUUACGAAACGAAAUGGUCCUUCAGAAAGAAGGUGAAAAUGAACUGACCGUUCUAACUCAUAUGGACGGAAUGAAGCGCGUUACCUUGAGGCCUCAAAAGUACUUCUAUGGCCCAAUAGAUGGUACUCCAUUUUCAUUGGGAAUUGCUCUUCCCGAUAACUACGGUAUCCAUGAGUUGAAUGCCCAAAUUGAGAUAAGGCAUUCACACAACAAUGUUACCGAACACUUCCAAGGCUCCAACUGGAAGGUUCACCCGGAUUGGGUGUACUGUGAGUACAACAGUCUUAAAGACGUGGAAAACAAUGGUGAGAGUACGACGGAAUCCACCUAUCGGGACAAGGACGAAAGUUUCGACACACCUGAAGAGCAGGUGCUUCAUUUUCUGGCCCGCGUCGGUAGGCCCGGCUGGAAAUGGAUGUCGGUACGUCCCCGGUCGCCACAGCCACACCAUGGCCAUGGUGGGAUUCCGGUUGGGCACUUUGCCCAGCAUCACUUCAAUUCGCAAGGUUCUCGCAAAGCUGAACCGUACUAUUGCGAUCGUACUCUCGUGCAAAGUUUGGUGCGGGACGCGAUCGUGACGGAUGGGUUGGAUCGGGCGUCAACCCGUGCCGGCCGGAUCGAGGAUAGAAACCCAAUUGCCACAUUGAUGGCCUUAUUGCACAGGCAAGGAAUUUCGAUGUUUGAUGUGCAGACAACGUUCGUGGCAACACGGUCCGGAUUACUUAGGUGGUUUGACCAUUUGCCGCACAACGACAACUCGGAACCUCACUUCAGCGAGACCAAUGCUCGGGCAAUGGAUAUGAGUUGGUAUAAGCGAGCAGUUGACCACUAUUCGAUCGAACCAGAUGGGUUUGUGUUUAGUGUGCCUUUCGAUUCUGGUUAUUCCGGGAAGAACAGUUCAACGCUAGUCACGGCAACCCACGCUCUAUUUAUCGAUCACCGAGGUCAUAAAGCUCCAGCAGCAGUUGUAGGAUUGCAGUUUCAUCAUGAUUCGCUUGCCAAGCACUUCAACAUGAUAACAUCAAGUUGCAUUGGUACGGGGUCUUCCUGCAAGAAGAAUUGCGCAUCCGAUGAACUGGAUUGCUACCUGCUGGACGACAAUGGUUUCGUCAUAUUGUCCGAACGAAACGAGCAUACUGGGAAAUUCUUCGGACAAAUCGAUGGGACCAUCAUGGAUUCUUUGGUGCAGGAUCGCAUCUAUAGGCGGAUAGCCUUCAUGGAUUAUCAAGGCAUCUGCUCGGAUCGAGACAAUCCAUACACGGCAGCUGGAGAACCGUUGAAACCCAUUCGACCCAUGUCCUGGUUGUUGAAAUACAUCGUUUCAUUCGCUACCUAUUGGCUAUCGAUCCUACCAACUCCGGUUGCUUCCUGGCAUCAGAGUAACAGCUACUACGACACGGACAAUGAUUUCGAAGAGGUUUACGAGUACGAGAACAACUACGAAAUGCCGGCGGAACACAACCCGUACGACUUCACUACACCAGACUAUGAACUGCACUCCACACCCAUGCCACACCGGUCACAAGCUACGUCCGGACCGCGGGUUGUUCCCGAUCCGGCCCACGCCAGGCCUUGCGAUCUGAAAACCGACUUGUAUAUUCUGCAGCCGGACCGGUUAAAUUCCAGCGGGCAGAAUAACCCGCUCAAGGGUAAACUUACAAACUGUCACUCGUCGGGUUGUGAGCGACCCUUCAGUGUGCAGAAAAUUCCCCAUAGUAAUCUGAUUCUGCUCGUAGUGGACGUUCUGUGUCCGUGUGGUUCCAAGCAGUUGGACAUUGAACCGCAGGAGGUGCAUGGCGGGGCAGGUAAGUUAGGCGCAUGCGGUGUUCGGCGGAUGGCCAAGGAAAAGAUGCUCCGGAAGCGACCGAAUCGCUGCAUCAGCUAUCAUCCGGAGGAAAUCGAAAUCAAACAGUGCGGUACCGCUACCGGCCUUUUCCGAGCGUCAAUCUUCUCGACGAUAGCGACGUUUGUGCUGAUAUGGGUACUAACCAGUGUGUGAUAAAGCACAUCCUUGGUAGCUUACUAGAGACCACGACGACUAACUACUACGAUGCUCGACUAAUACUCAAAACCUAGUCAACUGACGGACGACUUUACGCGGGAUGAUUGAAUAAUGUGUAGAACAAAACCAGAAUCAACGUCGAAAGAGCGAACAAUUGGCUUAUCCGAGAAAGUGUUCAAUUGGCCAAGGGUAUUUUUUACAUGAACAUUAUAUUAGAUGGUGUAAGUUGCAAAGCCAAAAUCGAUGAGUUGUGGUUGUUUUUUCCUAUUUUUCGAGAUAGAAUUGGGGACGGGGUCUGCGAGUUAUAAGACAGAGAGAUGUUCUAGAUGUAUACACAUAAAAUAAACUGGUAACAACAAACGAUUAAACAUCAAGCUCCGACUAACGAUAAUCGAAUAACUACAAAUCCCACACACGCAGAAUCGAUGCCACCAGUGUUAGACUGAUGCAGAUCACAAGAACAAACGUCACUUAAAGUUAAAGCCUGGUUCAGAACCAAAUUGGCCAAAGCACGAAUCACUGAAAACUAAUGUGAAUGCUGCACCACUUGUCUAGGUAAACCAAAUGUUAAUAUGACUCGAUGGAGAAGAAAACCAACUCAAACGUAAUGGACAAUACGAUGUUUAAAACUUUAGCAACUAUGAAGAAAACUGAAUCAAAUUUGAAUUUUAAGGGCAAAACAAGCAAGAAAGAAAAAUACAACUGUCUGUGGUACGUUUUUUCGAUUUAUUGAUCACAUUUUAAGAGAAACAAAAAAAAACGAAACUUAAUUCUAUUCGUAAAAAUACAUUGUUAAGACAAGUGAAUAAAACAUCCUAUUCUAUUUGUCAGAACCGGAACUGUAACAGCAACUAACAAAUCACCAAACUAUGACACGAGACAGGAAAGGGCAGGAUCGCGUAUCUGUCCGGUAACAGCGGAGAGGGCACUGUAAGAUAUAGCAUUGUAUAGGAAGAGGGCAGAUUUUAGAACUGUAUUAUAGUUACUAAAUAAAUUGUAGCGUUAGCUGUCAGAGCAACAGAAAAAAACACCCAUAGGAACAUUUUUGUUGACAAAUAGUUGAAAUUUUGACAGAGUGUAUUGAACUAUUAGCGUAAUUAAGUUGAAUUUUUCCGUUAACUGAAUUGUACCUAUACACACAGGAACGGCUAGAUGAGCAGAGUUAGGCAGCAGACGAUGUUUUACCCUUGUCGAUUCGUUUCUUCAUUUUGGUUUUGUAGUGAAUUUUAAAUUAUCUUAAGAGAUAGUGCAUUAGUUCAUCGGGAGAACCUGAAUCCGGAAAGAAGCGAGCUUAAUUUAGAAGAAGAAGAUUGCAUUCGUUAUGAUUUCGAUAGUUUAAAGGAAUGAACAAAAGAAAAGUUAUCAAAAUCUACUUGAAAAUAGAUGUAAAUUUGUGCUUUAUGUAAUUUAUGUUAUACUACUUGGAAAACUCUUAAUCUAUUCCUUUACUGUUUUUCGUCCGUCGCGCUACUGACCAAAGUUUAAGUAAAGAAUCGAGUAAGUUUAAAAUCUAUUUGUGAUUAGUUUUAUAUAUGUAGAUUAGGUUGUCCCAAAAUUGCACAUGGUCGAAAAGCUUGGGGGCUCACCCUGCAACUGAUAGCUAAGGGUGUUAGAAACAAACUUUUGUAUGACGGCAACCUUCAGAAAUGACGUUUAGAGGUCGCCCCGGCGAGAUUUUUGAAAAAUGGCCAUUUUUCGUAAUAAAUUUCAUACAAAUAUUUUUUACCGUACAAAAAUUGGCAAUACUCACUAUUUUUAUAUUUUUUACAGAUUGAUAUGGAUUCAAACUUUUUAGGAAAAAUAGUUAACGACAUGUUUUGCAGGUAACUUUUUGACACUGAAUUUUUGAAUUUACUUAAAUUUGUCAUUUUUUGAUAUACUGUGCAUUUUACCCAUCAUAAAAAGUAUCUGAACCUAAUGCUAAUUUGAAACAAUUUCCUUAAACAGAUUGGAAAUUUUAUGAGGAAAAACUUUGCCGAAGACAGCAUUGCGUUUUUUCUAUCCGUUUAAGAGUUAUUCACGAUAUACUAUUUGGUGAAAUUUUGAUUUUUAGGUAUUUUUUUUAAUCACAAAAGAACUGCCCAAAAACACAUACAAAGUAAAAAAUUACGUAUACUCGACAAGUUUUUGUCUUCAUUGUGUUUAGGAAUUAUGGUGGCAUCAUUUAUUGAAUUUUGAUUUCCGUUGACAAAUCCAUUUUCUUAGAUAUAGAAAGGUACCUACUAGCGAUAAACUUUAUCAUUAGGUAUCAUUUUGAGAUGCCUCAGUAGGCCAUGGCAUUUUUAACGGUUAUGUACUGACAAUGGUUUAUACGAGCAUAAUACACAAUCAAACGCACGGCACAUUUUCCAUAUCAUUUAGAAGGUGAUACAUUCCGCAAAACAUGCUGGUUUUGGUUUUCAAUGAUGUUGUCCAAAUCGUUCAAAGACAUGAAUAAAUCGUUCAAGUAGUCCCUAUCAUUUUGAUCAACAUAUAGGAUGUCAAAAAUGACAUCACUUGUUUACGUCAAAAACUGUUGUUUACUAAUAAUAGCCUACCUUGUCUUAUUGUAUGCCGUGUAUGUGUUAUGGAAAUCAAAUUGUUCUUACCUUCGAUAACAUUACGUUAACUCACUGGUUCAUCUUAUCCCACCCGUUUCAAUUUGCCUCGGUGUUGAAAAGAUAGUUCAAGUAAGUAAAUAUAAACAAGGCAUGCUCUGCUUUUUAGAAUGUCUUGAAUUGGAACUAAGUAUCUAAAAAUUGGUAUUCUUACGUAAAAUGUUCAUAAUCGCGAUUUGAAUGUGGUAUGGAUAAACGUAUUCGCCUUUAUUCACUUUGCCACUGUUUCCUGGGCUGUUUCACUGGUCCAGGACUCAUACGUCUCCGUGUAGAAAAAUAAUUGAGAAUUUUGGCAGGAAAGUAAGAUAAACGCGAAAAUAUGGCUCAACAUUUUGUGGAAAAUAUCUUUAAAAAAUCAAUGGGCAGUACGAAGCUUGUCAAGAUAGCAAGCUUUUUAAGAAAUCUUUGCUAAUUUAUUUCUAUAUGAAGGGAUUGAAUAACAAAAAAAAAAAUCAAAUAUGUUGACACCAUAAUUCCAUAACACAAUUAAGACAAAAACUUGUUGAGCAUACGUGAUUUUUAACUUUGUAUGUGUUUUUGGGCAGUUCUUAUGUAACAUUUUUAAAAAAUACCCAAAAAAACAAAUUUCACCAAAUAGUAAAUUGUGAAUAACUCUAAAACAGAUAGAAAAAACGCCAUGCUGUCUUCGGUAAAGUUUUUCCUCAUAAAAUUUCCUAUCUUUUCAUGGAAAUUGUUUUAAAUUAGCACUAGAUUUAGAUACUUAUUAUGAUGUGUAAAAUGCAUAGUAUAUCAAAAAAUGACAAAUUCCAGUAAAUUCAAAAAUUCAGUAUCAAAAAGUUACCUGCAAAACAUGUCGUUAACUAUUUUUCCUAAAAAGUUUGGAUCUAUAUCAAUCUGUAAAAAAUAUAAAAAUACUGGGUUUUGCCAAUUUUUGCACGGUAAAAAAUAUUUGUAUGAAAUUUGUUACGAAAAAUGACCAUUUUUCAAAAAUCUCGCCGGGGCGACCUCUAAACGUCAUUUCUGAAAGUUGCCGUCAUACAAAAGUUUGUUUCUAACUCCCUUAGCUAUCAUUUGCAGGGUGAGCCCCCAAGCUUUUUGACCAUGUGCAAUUUUUGGGACAACCUAAUGUAGAUUGGUAUGGAACUGAAGAUAUUAUGUUCAUAUUUUUAGACAUUUGAGAAUAGUUCAAAUAUUUAGCGAAUACUUUAUUUUUUUUUAAUGGCUAAAGAAGAGUUCGUCUGUUGUUGAUUCAGAAAUUUACUGACAAAAGCAAGUUCUGCUUUGAAUGUUUUUGACGUAUCUAAUCUUUUUAAUUGAGAAUUUGUCAGUUUUUUUCAGAACUAUAACUGUAUUUGUUUGUACCAGAUUUGCUGAAACCAGUGACGGCAAUUGUCAAAUUACGGUCGUCUACACCGACGCCCAACGGCGCCAGCGUCGUUGAUUUGUUUUUGUUUUGAUAGUCGUCUUGACAACCCGAGCGGCAUUCUCAGAAAUGUAUGCUUUCGAAUUCUUUUGAUUGCUGUCUGCUGAACUUCAACCACCUACUGAUACUCAAAGUCAUUAUUUUCAAUUUCAACUGAUUUGUUUUAAUUGAGCACGAUGCAGAAGCAAAAAAUGCAGUUGUUUUGCAUCACUCACCAAAAGUUACUAUAAUGCAUUUAAUUAAGGUAACAUAUCGGUAUUUGCAUGCCUAAAACCAAUUUUAAAUUGAAAUAUUCAGAUUCGAAUCCAUCGAGCUGAAGUUCAGCUGAACUGAACUUCAACUACAGUGGAUGACACCACAAGACGCCGCUUUCAUUGUCUCGUCUCUUCUUUGUCAUGUUCAUACUCGGCCUCGUGUCUAUGGGUAACUGUGUUUGUUUAUUUGUGUUCGUUUUCGCACAAAUUGAACAUCAUUGUGCUGAUUUUUUUCGACACUGGCUGAAACAUACUGAAAACUUGUAAUAAUUACAAGUUUUCAGUAUGUUUCAGCAAUUCAGUAAUAGAAAGUUGAGGUUUGAUGAAUGCUGCUUUUUGAACGAGUACAGGCAGAGUUAAGAUUCAGGUUCGAUACCUUCCUGAUUCGUUGUUUUUGAGCUGGUGGAUGACAUCCUUAGAGUAAGGUGGGUUAAAAUUUCGACCCAGUUGAAUUUUUUUUUCCUAAAAUCAAAGCAGAUAAAAAUAAAUGAAUAUACCUAGUUACGCCCCAAAAUUAAAAACCGAAUUCGAAUUUAUAAGUAAAGUGGGGCAAAAGAUUGAGUGGGGCAAGAGUUUCUUUCGAAGUUUUUGUGUUCAAUUCAAAUGAUUUCUUUUGGGCGGCAAGGUUGUUCGAAACCUUUUAAAAAAAAGAAUCUUUCACUCCGAAAAUUAUGAAAAUUGAUCAAUAUUUCGAAAAUUUAUGACAAAUUGUUUGGUUUUUGAAAAGAAAAAUGCAAUUUGCGAUGGUACUUUCAACGCAUGGAAAGGAAUUGUAAUGAAUUUGAAUUCGAUUUUUAAUUUUGGGGCUUAACUAGGUAUAUUUUGAAGCUGCUUUGGCAUGCAUAACUUUUUUUAUCUGUAUUAACGAGAUUUUUAGCCUUAGGCUAGUUCAUCUCGGGACCCACGCUUUACUUCCCUUCCGAAGGAAGAACUCACAUUUUGUGAGUUUGUCGGGAGUGGGAUUCGAUCCCAGGUCCUCGGCGUGAUAGUCAAGUGUUCUAACCAUCACACCAGGUCCGCUCCACGCAUGCAUAACUUUUUUGCCAAAAAGAUUUGGAAAUCAUAUUUCACACAUAGCGGGGCAAAAGUUUGAAUUGUGGGACAAGAGUUCGAGUCAUGUGGCAACUUUAGGUUAAAACCUAAAAUUUCGUAAAAUGUAUAUAUUAUAUUUAAAAAUUAUGUAAUUAGUGAAAAAAAUCGAUCAAAGUUGAAAAAAAUUGUUUUAUCUGAAUUUGGCCACAGAGAACAGGCAUCCAAGUCCAGUUCGGAAACUGUGUAAGGAAUUUAACGACCAUUUGAAAUCGGCAACACAAGUAGCAAUACCGUGGCGCUGCAAUCGGUUCCCUUUCCUGAAAACCAUCGCCAAGUGUCUCAUUUUGGCCAUUUUCCCCUAAAUUUGUCAAAAAUACUUGAAUAUAGCAAACUUAAAUCCAAAAAAGUUGGGAGGAACCCUGAAUAUUUAAAAAAAAACUCAUGUAGCAAUGUUAGACAACUUGAUUUAGUAAAUGUUUUUCACCUUUGAUCACAAUAAGUGUCUCAUUUUGUCAAAUAUCCCCUAUGAAAUGAGAAUAUUUGUGAAUUUCUGAUGAAUUUGAACAAAAAAUCAUGCAAAGUCGUUAAAAAUCAUACUACUGCAUGGAGGAACGCCAAACGGGUUGUGUCUUGUCCAUCACAUUCUGAGAUGAUGUCCCAUUUUGUCCAAUAUCCCUAUAAAUAAGGAAUAUUUGAAAAUUUCGAAUGAAUUUCAAUAAAAAACCAUGCAAAGCCGACUUUUGAACGUGAUACUGAAUGGAGAAACUCUAAACAAAUCAUGUCUUAUCCAUCGCAUCCAGUGAUGUUGUUUCAUUUUGUCCAACAUCCCCUAUUAAUUAAGAAUAUUUAAGAAUGUCAGAUGAAUUUCAAUAAAAACCGUACAAAGUCGUUCAAAAAUCAGAUAUUUUUUGUCUUUGAAUAUUUUUUUUGUAUUUUUCAAUUUGUAGGGGAAAAGGACAGAAUGAGACAUCAUUUCUGAAUAUAAUAAACAAGAGAUGAUCUGUUUGGGGUUUUACCAUUAAGUAGCACGACUUUGCACGGUUUUUUUUUCAUGAAAUUCAUGUGUGAAGAAUUAGCUAAAUUUUAAAAUUCACAAAUAAAAAAAUGAAAUUCAUCUGAUAUUCUCAAAUAUUUUUAAUUUAUAGGGGAUAUUAGAUAAAAUGAGACAACAUCAUUGAAUGUGAUAGACAAGAGACGAUCUAUUUGAGGUUUCUCCAUUCAGUAUCACGACUUUUGAACGACUUUGCAUGGUUUUCUAUUGAAAUUCAUCUGAAAUUCUCAAAUUUUCUUUAUUUAUAGGGGAUAUUCGACAAAAUGGGACAUCAUCUCUGAAUGUGAUGGACAAGACACGAUUCGUUUGGGGGUUUACCAUUAAGUAGCACGACUUUUGAACGACUUUGCACGGUUUUUUGAUGAAAUUCAUCUGAAAUUCUCAAAUAUUUUUAAUUUAUAGGGGAUAUUAGAUAAAAUGAGACAACAUCAUUGAAUGUGAUGGACAAGAGACGAUCUCUUCGGGGUUUCUCCAUUCAGUAUCACGACUUUUGAACGACUUCGCAUGCUUUUCUAUUGUAAUUCAUCAGAAAUUCUCAAAUAUUCUUUAUUUGUAGGGGAUGUUGGACAAAAUGGAACAUCAUCUCUGAAUGUGAUGGACAAAAGACGAUCUGUUUGGCGUUUCUCCAUACAGUAGCAUGACUUUUGAACGAUUUUACAUGGUUUUCAUUGAAAAUCAUCCAAACUUCUCAAAUAUUCUCAUUUUAUAGGGGAUAUUGGACAAAAUGAGACACUUAUUGUGAUCAAAAGUGAAAAAUAUUUGCUAAACCAAGUUGCCUGUCAUUGGUACAUGAAGUUUUUUGAAAUAUUAAGGUUUUCGCCCACCUUUUUUGGAUUUAAGUUUGGUAUGUUCAAGUAUUUUUGACAAAUUUAGGGGAAAAUGGCCAAAAUGAGAAACUUGGCGACAUUUUUCAGGAAAGGGGUUGGCACCAUUCGAUUCCCCGGUGUUUUUUGCUUAGAAAUGGGUAUCUGUCGAUUGCUUAGCGACUGGAACUGAAUUGCGUCCGUUUUUACGCCCGAAUUUGUACACUGUGCAGUGGUGGGACAAGAGUUCGAAUGAGACACACAUAUACGAAAAGUGUUGUAACUCAAAAAUGAAAAGACUUUUGGCGUAGCUUUGCUCAGUAAAAUAUUAGCUCAUGGAUGGUAGAAUCAGUACAGGGUUUUCAUUUAUUUUAAUCCACUUAGAUUUUUUGAAAAAAAAACCCUAAUUAAUCCACCUUGCGGUGAUGGCGCCUUUCUCGUGCCUUCGAAACCCCAUUUCAAUAAAGCUCAAACGAAAUGUUGAUGUAUAUUAUACUAUUAACAGAAAUCCAUUUCAUGAUACCAGAAAUCAUAUCGUUUAUCUGGCUUUUAAUGUUUAAGCCUCAAACUUUUAAGAAAAAUAUGCUAUCUUGAAUUUGAAGCCGCCGUUUAGGAUUUAAGAUUGCCAUCACGGAUGUUCUGGUCAACAUUUUUUGUGUCCAAGCAUCUACUCUACAAAAAAUAUACUUCAUUAAACAGCCGCCAUCUUGAAUUUGGAGCCGCCAUCUAGGAUUUAGGACCACCAUCUUGGAUAUUCUAGUCGCCAUUUUUGGAAUCCAGACAUCAUCUCCAUACCAAACAUACCAAUAAUACAUUGUUUCAGGCUCUAAAACUCCAUUAAAAAGCCGCCAUCUUAAAUUUGGAGCCGCCAUCUUAAAUUUUUGAUCGCCAUCUUGGAUAUUCUGGUCGGCCUUUUUGGACUCCGGAUAUCUUCCUCAUACCAAAUAUACUCAUAUUGCAUGGUUUUAGAGCCUUAAACUUCUUUAAACAGACGCCAUCUUGAAUUUGAAGCCACCAUCUUGGAUUUUUAACCGCUAUCUUGGAUAUUCUAGUCGCUAUUUAAGGAGUUCAGACAUCAUCCCCAUAUCAAAUAUUCCCAUAUAGCAUGCUUUAAGAGCCUAAAUCUCUAUUAAACAGCCUCCAUCUUGAAUUUUUCCCGCCACCUUGAACAUUUGGCUGCCAUCUUGACUUUUGGGCCGACAUCGUGGAGCUUCUGGUCUCCAGUGUUGAUUUCCGUACAAGACUCGUCAACCAUGCUAAAGGUUAGAAAAAUCGCCGCAGCUUGAUGUUCAGUUCAGGGGCUAGUUCAGUUUAAUAUACGGCCAGUUCUACCGGUGCUGGUCCGGAUCACUGAAAUUCAAGCCAUAAUCCGAAAAAUCGACCAAUGGGAAGUACCGUCGUGCGGGGUGUUAUUGGGCUAAAGCGGGGUGACAUUGGGCCAUUAUUCCGCACGUUUAGAAUACUACGGCAAUGCAUAUUGUGUGCUAAACUAUUAGAAAAAAUACAUAAUUCUAAGAUACUUUGCAUCCAUCGUCGGAUUAUCUGGCUUAUAUUGAAUGCGUGGGAUCGAUGGACCAAUGUUACCCUCUAGGCCCAAUGUCACUCCGAAUGACGGUACCUUAAAAGUGAGUGAACUUAUUUUGCGCACAAACAUACAUACAUACACACAUACAGACAUAAUCUCAAUUCGUUGAACUGAGUUGAUUGGUAUAUGCGACUUGAUCCUCCGAGCUUUUUUUUUUUUCGAAAAAUCGUUUUUUGGGUGAACAUAUAGUUUUUUAGUACACUGAGUGUACGAGAAAGGCUAGUGACGAAAUCGAUGCGUCAUUGGCGGUUUUCUUUAGUCAGCUGGUGGACGCUGAACUUUUCUACCAUCGAUUUGCUUUCCUAUUCCUGGCCUACCUGAGCGUUUAGAUUUCUUAUGAUGAUCUUGACGUCAUGACUUGGACAGCGGUCGUACUCGCGUUUGAAUUGUGCGUAGAAUGCGUCCUUAUUUAUCAUCAUCAGAGCUUCCGGACUGUGGGUGUGCACGUUAUUUUUGCAGAAGUUGGAAAAACGACACCCGAUCCGUCGAUUGGUCACCUACCGAUCAUACGCCUAUCAGGAAGAAAGCUGUGUCCAGCUCGCAUGUAUUUCCGAGUCUCAGACUAAGGCCUGAGUGUCCUCUGCUUUACAUAGAAGUCGUCUACAUUCGACUCGGUCCAUGGCUGUGAGUCUCCACACGCUCAGAAAUCCGUUCUGAUAAACGUGAACAAACAAACGCAAAUAUGAGAACAAGCAAAUAUACACCGUUAACUGGAACUAGUUCCUGCUGUCAAUAAGGGCAUUCUAGAAAACGUGAAAUCUAGUUCACGGUGUACAUUUCUUAUUGUUGUUAUCGUUGCUAUGCAUAGUUCCCGUUUGUUCCCGUUGCCGUGACUGGGAGUGCACGUAUUGCGAAUCUUUUCUGAAAUCCGCAUACUGGCCAACAACUUGUGCGCCGACAGCCCAUGCGCCGGGUUGUGCGCCAUACAAAAUGUAAAUAAACAAGUGUCAAAAUGGUUCGCGCCAAGAGCUCUAUCUCUCUUAGGGUUCGGAUCCAUGUUUUGUCUAAAACAUUGAACUUCCUAAUGUCUGGAAAUAUGGUACAAUAAAGAUAUUAUUGACGGUAUCAACGCUUUUACUUCAUUAAACCACUGAUUAAUAGUGAUUUGGCUAGUGAAAAACUUGGCGCGUAGGCAAUCGGCGCGCAAAUUGUGCGCUGGUGUGUGGAUUUGAGUUAAUCGUCGCGAAGUGCCCAACACACAUUAUACCCUGGCGCGCAACCAAUAGGUCGAAGAGAAACUUGACGAAAUGCUAAAAAUUCUCGAGAAGCUCAAUAUAUCGGAACGGAUUUUUUUGCGUGCAGUUCCACACUCUGCGAUGUGUCCACAGAUCGUCCUCCACUUGAUCGACCCAUCGAUCAAUGAAUCGAUGAACAAUUGAUGUGUGGGCACGUUGUAUUCGCGGCAUUUCUGCAAUACCUGGUGGAUGGCGAACAUUUAAUAAGAAAAAAAAAAUUGCGAGCAACAGAUCACGUUUACAAAAGAUGGUUGCACUAAUUUAAACUCCACAUUUUGCUAAAAUUAUGAUAAAAAUAAAUCAUUUUCCAUUAAAUUUCGGCUUCCUUGUACCCUUUUUCGCCAUAGUAAACCAGUUAUGGCUAAUCCCAUAAGGAAUCCAUGCAAAUAAUGCGAAAAGGAACCGAAGUUAAAAAGUGUAACCAUAGCUUGUACAGGGUUCCUAUCAUUGGCACACGCUGUAAUAAAUACUAAAACUAGUUUUGGCUCCGUUUCUAUAUUUUUCCUGUAAAGCAUAGAAACUAAGCUAUCUUUCAACAUACCCUGGUAACCAAUAACCAUUUGAAUAAGCCGUAGUUCUGUUUUAUUUUUGCAUUCGGCCUGCUUACUGCCGUAUCACCGCAGUUCGACUGCUAAACUGCCCUAUAUUAUCAAUUCAAAUGCUACUUAAAAUCUGACAGCAAUUUCGUAACAUUUCAAAUAUACGGUAUGUUUUGAUCAAUAGGCAUCAUAACUGCUACUUUAUUGCCAUGAAACUGCUAAGAGAGAUGAGUGAUGCUAAAACCAUAAAACAUUUCCACUUUCUGAUUGACGUGCCACGGCUUUAGAAGACAUCAUCAUUCACAUGUCCAUUCAAUCAUAGAUAACAACGAAGAAAAUCAAUGGGAAAACAUGCCUUGGCAAAUUAUUCCAUGGUUGGUUUUCUAUUAUCGAUUUUAUUAUCAGCACCUGCCUCAUAACAUAACGAAGUAACUGCCGGUGUAAUACUCAUACCUUAAAUAGAUCAAAAAUCUAAAGCGCUCUAUCUGUGUAGCUUCAUCUAUAGCUUACCCUGUAGAGCGGUUCGGGACCAUCGUCAACCCGAGGAUCGAGGGAUCGAUUCCAAAUUUGGCCGAAAGCAGCAACAAAUACAGCAACAGCAGUUCAGUACAUGCCGAAGUCUUAAAAGUUCCGAGAAAAAAGAAGAGAAAGGGAAGCCGUAAAAUGGGCAGGAGAAAAUAUUUGUUUUUAUUAUUGCCAAUCUGGGGGAUAGGAUGGAUAAGCAUUUAAUCAACCGUAUAUUGGGCCAAAACAUGCAUUUAAUUAGCACUAAUGGUGCAUAGAGUAAAGUGGGGCAAAAGUUCGAGUGGGGCAAAAGUUUCUUUUGAAGUUUUUGAGCUCAACUCAAAUUAUUUCUUUCGGGUGUCCAGGUUGUUCGAAGCCUUUUUGAAAAAGAGUCUUUCACUGCAAAAAUUAUGAAAAUUGAUCAAUAUUUCGAAAAGUUAUGACAAAAUGUUGAUUUUUGAUCAAAAAAAAUGUAACAUGCCAUGGUCCUUCCAACGCAUGAAAUGGAAUUGUAUCAAAUUCGAUAUUUUGUUUUGGGGCGUAACUAGGUAUAUUUCGAAGAUGCUUUAGCAUGUAUCUUUUUGCAAAAAAGAUUUGGAAAUCAUAUUUUACACAUAGUGGGGCAAAAGUUCGAAUUGUGGGGCAAAAGUUCGAGUCAUGUGGCAACUUAAGGUGAAAACCUAAAAUUGUACAAAAUGUUCAUAUUAUCUCUAAGAAUGAUGGAAUUAGUGAGAAAAUUCGAUCAAAGUGGAAAAAAAGUUGUUUUAUCUGGAUUUGGCGGAAAACUACUAUUUUUUGGUGUAUAAAAUUUAUCCCUGAUUUGGGUAAAAUCCAGAUCGAACUUUAAAGUGUAUUCCAGUUCCAACAUCAAAUAUUAAGUGGUUUCAGAUAUUCCUAUUACCAAAGUGUCAAAAUAGUGUCCUACGGUUAGCAAAAUUUCACAAACACUAGAUUCGAACUUUUGCCCCAGUGGUGGGGCAAAAGUUCGAAUGAGACACACACAUACAAAAGGUGUUGUAACUCAAAAUUGAUAAGACAUUUGGCGUAGCUUUGUUCAGCAAAAUUUUAGCUCAUGGAUGGUAGAAUCACCAGACGGUGUUCAUUUAUUUUUAUCUUAGAUUUUUAGAAAGUAGUUGAAUUUUCAACUAGGGUCGAACUUUUGCCCCACCUUACUCUAUACGGCAGAUUAGCAUUUAAUGACCUGCUGUAAAGGCGCAUAUAGUGCCGAAUUAAUGCCAUUUUAACUGGUUACCUGGGUAUUGAUAACAUUUGUUGAUCUUCGCGUAAUUUUUGUACAAAUAGUUUUUCUUAGGUAGUGCCAUAAUUGGUGCAGGCACCCUAUAGGCUUUAAUUUAUUUUGAUUUGUUUGUUCCGUUGUUAGAUUAAUCCACCAUGCGAGCAUUCCCAGAGAAGGCACUUCCACUUCUACUCGAGAUUCAACAACAGAUGAUCUAAAUUCUAAUCAAACAUACCUUUAAUUUAAGGUUCUUUAUGUUUUAAUAAGAUGAAACGAACGAAUCGAAUACUACAGCAGGUCACGAAGCAAACCAACACGAAUACAAAUUAUGAUCAGCAAUAAGCAUGUAAAUUCUAUGAUUGUGGAAAGAGCUAUAACUAAACGAAACCGAACAACCUACAAUCCAACCAAGAAGAACUUCUACCACUUCUACCCAUCGAAGGGAGCAAUGUGUAGAAGGGGUGUGUAUAAACAAAACAAAAAAAAAGUGGCAGAGUGUCAAGCAAUUUUAUUUGGAGCUGUAAUUUACGCUAUCGGUUCGCGUUCGGGUGAAUGAGUUAUACAACAACAAAAAAAAAAAAAAAAAAUGAAUGAGUGAGAGAAUCUCCAAGAGAGCGGUGAGUGCUAAAAAACCGUCUGAAUAUAUGAGUCCACAUUUUUCCAUGUCUCUCGUGUUAGCCUAUGAAACGCUAUAUAUAUGUUUUUGAUUUUGUCUGUCUGUAUCAUUGCGAAAUGGGCAUAUUAAUGACUAAUGAAAUACGAGAAAAAUGAACACGUUUUAUAUGAUGUCUUCCAUAUAGUAUUAAUGAAAUGAAAAUUAUUGAUUUACUUUCCGAUUAUGUGCGGUUGCGAGCAGUAGGCAAAUGGGCGGAAAAGAAUGGCAAGCUAAAUGAUACCUUGAAGAGGUGUUUGUUUAUUUAAAAAGUAUAUAUAGAAUCUAUGAACUCUAGUUAGCAUGUAAGCUAAGAAGAAGAAAUAUUUUAAAACAACUAAGUAAGUAAAACAGUUGAAUCCAAAACCAAGACCUGAAAUCACUUAGACAAAAAGAAAAGCAUGAGAUGGGGUCACGCUAACCGUGAACUGAACAGGGAAGUGACAUCUCUCCAAACUCUCUACAGCAGUGACUUUCACAUCAUGUGUAAAAAUCGCUCUAGUUCUUGUUAGUUGGCAAAGCACUGCAGGUCGAGGGGUAAGAAAAUUGUCCUGAUUAAAAAAGAAAUAAAACACUGAAACCGUUCUGUUUUGGAUAAAGUUUUUAUUCAAAAUUAAAAAAAGCAUUCUCGGACAGAAAUUCUCGGAGCAAAACAGAAAACAAAAAUCUAUAAAUAUGUUAUAUAUCAGUGAAAUAUUAUAUCAAAAAUGGAUGAAACCAACCUUAGAUAGUUCGAUAUCAUAAUUGCAUUUACCGAAGUAAGAUCAAAUCAUUACCACUACACUACACAGAGUCAUGCAAAACCCCCCCAUCAACAAUCGGAGCAAACUUCGGCAGUAUGUGUACAUAUCGAAUCGAAGCCAAAACAUGUCAUCUCGUUAAUACGUUCAGAAACUACGAAAUCAUGCCAAUUUCUCAUUCGGGAAAGUUUAUGCUAUCGAAACGUUCUCGCUGACAGUUCAUUGUAAGUAACCAACCCAUUGUUCUAUUAUGCCACUAUUGUCCUGGGCGAAAGGUACAUGUUUUUUUUUGUUUUUGUAUGAUAUUGUCAGAAAAGAGUUGUAAUUUGCAAGGAAUCUGUAUGACCGUCGAGCCGGAACCGUUCGUUGUAUUCCCCUCCCUCAAUCCAGCAAAAAAGUACAUAAUAAUGGAAGGAAUUUAAGUACAUUCUUGACAUACAUAUAUUUCAUCGAUGUGAAUGCUACUUUGUUUUCUUGCUUUCGAGUGUUUUCAGCACAUGUGGACUUUAACAUUUUUUUGUUAUUUUCUUAAGGAGAAACAUCAGAGAAUACAAAUAUGGCUGCCACAAUGGCCGACUUGGACCCCUACUCACGUUUUCAAGAGCUACAAUCUUAAAAAUUCGUAAACGAAUGCGCUCGAUUUGGAAAACCUGUUUCUUUUUGCAAGUGAGCAAUGCCAUGAUAAACAAGUACGGCUUGAUUCGAUGCUUCGUUUGUCAGAUUUGUGCCUCUAAAGUUUGUAUGCAAAAUUGAAAUGCGAUUUCUUGAUGUUCCGCCUUAAGGCGAAACUGGAUCCAUUUCCUUACUUUUUGGUUUUUGAUUUUUUAUAAAAUAACGGAGCAAUAUUUUCAAAAUCGGUUUUCGUGCCCAUGUAGAGUAUGGUCAAGGUAUCUCCUGAUUUGUUUUCCAGAUGGAAAAUGUUUUUAGUUUUUGCAGAAACCAUUUUUAAACUAAAUUUCACAAAAAAUGGUUUCUGCAAAAACGAAAAACAUUUUCCUCCUGGAAAAAAAAUCAGGAGAUACCUUGAUCCAUACUCUACGUGUGUACGAAAACCGAUUUUGAAAAUAUUGCUUCUUUAUUUUAUAAAAAAAUGAAAAACCAAAAAAAAUAGAAAAUGCUUCCAGUUUCGACUAAACCGCGGAGUGCAUUGCAAUGCAAAUUCGUAUGGAUAUGUAGAGAAAGCGCGAAAAAUUGAAAAUAAUUCACAGCUCUUGCGAGGCACAAGUUCACCAUCCAUUGGUUAGUAUCUCCAAAUUUCCCGGUUUGUUUAAGAUGACAUUUAAUUGGAUUGGAAAUACAUCCGCAAACAAUAAUUUAAUUAUUCUGUUUACGUCCAAAAAGAAGCAUUAAAUCAAAAUUUAAAAAGAUCAGACAAAACGCACAAUUAGAAAAGGCAAGAAUUUCAAAAUUCUCGAACACUUUUUUUUUAUUUCGAUAACCGCGAUAUUACAUCAAAAGCAACAAAACAUUCCCACCAAGAAAAUCUUGUUAUUGCCAUUACCCUACAAAAGAGAUCAAUGCGUAGGCAAUAUCCAACUGAACCCAUAUCAAUGCAUGUGCACAUCUUCAAUUAUAAACACUAUCAUAUCUUUCGUUAUUAAAUGUGCCAUAUCAAUCGUUUGGAUUUUAUGAAACUCACUCAACUGCAAUACACAUACUAGUACCAGGUAUCGAACAAUGUCAAAGCAAAACUGCAAUUCAUAAAGUAUUUCAAGCCAAGAUGUUCGACGAAAUUGAUCAACAGAAGUCCGGUUUCGCGAACAUUUCGUCUUGGAAGUACUUCAAAAGCGCCACCAUCGGCAAUUUCAACUGAUUUCAUGGUUCCUAAAUUGAAAGUUAUCGAAGAAAGCAAAAUAAAAAUUCACACACACUUGUAAGAUCUCAUAUUCAUCAAAAAAGUUCAUCACACAAAACGGACAAAAAUUGCAUUUCUGACUAGUAAAUAUCACUCGAAGCUCUCUUUCACUCGAUAAAUACCAUUCUAUCAGUUUCCCACGUUGUAUCAUACUGUUCAGAAUUUCUCACAUUUAGCAAACUCACAAUCCAGUAACAGCCACCCACGCGUGCGCGAGAAACAACUCGAAACUCGAAAAACUCACCCCGAGAGAGAUUGACCACGUGCAAAAUCAGAACACAGAAAAAAAAAAAACUGGAGCAAACCAUAAAACAGAUUCGCCUAGAACUAUAGGAACCAUCAUCUUAAUUAAUGACUACGGUAAGAAUUAAGUGAACUAAGUGUAACAUAUGGUUAUAAACUAAUUGAACGGAAACCCGACUAAAACCGGCAAAACGGAACGGCAUGAAAUGGUUAUACAUGGUUAAGGGUUGAAAUGAAAACAAAAGAAUAAAACGAAGAAUUUCGCACGUACAUGCGGUAGGUACAACGGAUGAACGAAGCGUGAGUGGGAAAAAUGGCGGAAAAUGACAAAUAAAGAAAGAAAAGAAAAAACUAACGUGGAAGCAACUAAUGAUGUAAUUAUUGGAAUAAAAAUAAAAAAAAACACGA